UAAUAAUAAUGUAACAAAUAAAAUUGAUAUUGUUACAUCACAAUACGUUUUGGAAUGUUUAAUUAAAAUUUCAAGAAUUUUAUCUAUCCCAAGGGGUAAUUUAUUGAUGAUUUCUACUGUAGGAACUGGUAGAAAAUCUCUGAUGAAUCUUGCUGCUUACAUUCAACAACAAGAGUUAUUUAAACCCUCUAUUCAUUCUUACUAUGAUAUCAAUGUAUGGAGAACUGAAUUAAAAACAAUUCUUCAAAAAUGUGGUGGAUUAAGAAAGCCUUCUGUACUUUUUAUAAAAGUUAAACAAGUAACAAAUAAUAUUUUUUGUGAUAUUAGUAGCUUGUUAGCAACAGGUGAAGUGCCUGAUUUAUUUUCCAUUAAAGAGAAGUAUGAUAUUAUUGAAAUGGUACGUCUGCAUGCUCAAGGUGGUAACAAAAAUGCAGAAGUAAGUAAUCAUUCUGUAAUGAAUUAUUUUUUAGAACAGUGUAAAAGCAAUUUACAUAUCGUCAUUUGUUUUGAUUCACUGGAUAAAGCAACUAAAUCAUAUUUAUAUAAAUAUCCAGAACUAUUAAAAUAUUGCUCUAUAAAUUGGUAUGAAGCAUGGCCAACAGAGACACUUAUACAAGUAGCUACAAAAUACAUUCAAAAUAUUAAUAUGGAAGGAAAUUUAAAAGCAAAUCUACCAACAGCUUGCAUAAAAUUAUAUAACAGUAUGCAGGAAAUGAGUGACAAAUAUUAUCAAGAAAGUGGUAAAAGAAUUCACAUAUUAUCAUCUUCAUUUUUACAUAUGUUGAAACUAUACGUCCACCUUGUAUCAAAAAAACAAAAACAGAUUGUAACAAUGAGAAACAGAUAUUUAGUAGGACUAGAAAAAUUAGAAUUAGCAGCUCAACAAGUUGAAAAGAUGAAAGCUACAUUAACAAUAUUAAAACCCCAAUUAGAAUCAUCUGCUUUAAAAACUAUAAAUACUAUGAAGGAAGUAGAAAACGAAAAUAUCAGUGUAGAAAAAGCGACUCGUCUUGUACAACAAGAAGAAAAAACUGCAAACAAAAAAGCAGAAAUAGCUGGAAGAUUAAAAAUGGAAUGUGAAGCUGAUCUUGCUAUAGCAAUUCCAAUUUUAGAAGAUGCUAUUGCUGCAUUAAACACAUUGAAACCUACAGAUAUUACACUUGUUAAAGCCAUGAAAAAUCCUCCUGAUGCUAUUAAGCUAGUAAUGGCUGCAGUUUGUGUUAUGCUGGGUGUUCCCCCAGAAAAAGCCAUAGAUUCAGUUACUGGUAAAAAGUAUACAGAUUACUGGGGUCCAAGUAAGCGCAUUUUAAGUGACAUGAAUUUUUUACAGAUUUUGAAAGAUUAUGAUAAAGAUAACAUUUCUCCAAAUAUCAUGCAAAUUAUUAAGAAAACAUACAUGCCAGAUAACAAUUUUAAACCACAUAUCGUUGCUAAAGCAUCAAGUGCUGCUGAAGGACUAUGUAAAUGGGUACGUGCAAUGGUGUCCUAUGAUGAAGUUGCAAAAGCUGUUGCACCAAAGAAAGAAAAAUUGUUUACUGCACAAAAGGAAUGUAAUGAAGUCGAAAAAUUUUUAAAUGAAAAACGUGCAAUGCUUUCUGCAUUAAAUGCAAAACUUACAGCACUGAAUAGCAGUCUCCAAGAAACCCUACAACAAAAAGUAAAGCUGGAAGAAGAAGUAGAAAAUUGUACUAAUAAGCUUCAUAAAGCAGAAAAUUUAAUGGCAAGUUUGGGAGGUGAAAAAGAUCGUUGGAUGCAGUUAGCAAAUAAUCUUAAAGAAAAUUAUGAUAAUCUCAUAGGAGAUAUGAUACUAACAUGUGGCAUCAUAAGUUAUUUAGCAUCAUAUAACAUUGUGUUUCGUGAUACAAUUUUAGAAUACUGGAAAGAAUUUCUAGAAGGUUUAAAUAUAUCAUAUACUAGAAACUACAAUUUAAUAAAUGUACUUGGAGAAGAAAAUGAAAUAAAUCAAUGGCAUUUAUGUGGUUUGCCUAAAGACAGAUUUUCUCUUGAAAAUGCAAUUAUUAUGAACAAUUCUGAAUUAUGGUGUCUAUUUAUUGAUUCACAAAAUCAAGCAAACCAAUGGAUUAAGACAAUUGAAAAGAAAAAUAAUCUUAAAAUCAUUAAACUAAGUGAUUCUGAUUAUGUAUCAAAUAUUCAAUACAAUAUUGAAAACGGUAUUCCUACUUUAAUUGAAAAUGUUGGAGAAGAAUUAGAAAUAUCAUUGUACCCUUUUCUUUCAAAAGAAACUUACAGCAAAGAAGAGUUCUUAUAUUUAAAUACUGAUUAUGAUUCUAUAAAAUAUUCUACUGACUUUCGAUUAUACAUUACAACAAGGCUACUUAAUCCUCAAUUCUCGUGUGAAAUAUUUAGCAAACUUACAGUGAUCGAUUUUUCUAUUUCAAACGAAGGUCUUCAGGAUAGACUUCUUGACUUUAUUAUGUCUAAGGAAAAUCCAGAACUGCAAAAUAAAUUUGAAAUUUUACUUAUGGAAGAACACAAUAAUAAAAAAAUAUUGAAACAACAAGAAGAUCAUAUUUUAAUUACAUUAUCUUCAACAACCAAAAAUAUUCUUGACGACGAAAAUGCUAUAAAAAGUUUAGAUUGCUCAAAGAAUCUUUCCUUAAACAUAAUUAAAAAGCAAGAGGUGACUAACACAAUGUCUUUGGAAAUAAAAAAAUCUCGAAAUACUUAUGUACAAUUUGUUAAGUACUGUGUAAAUCUGUUUCAUAUGCUUAGUGACUUAGCAAACUUAAAUCAUAUGUACCGUUUUUCAUUCUUAUGGUUCAUGCAGUUAUACAAAAGAUCAAUUGAGACAUCAAAUAGAAGUACCAUUCUCGAAAAACGAUUAAAAUUCUUAAAAAGUUCAUUCACUAAAAACCUUCAUACAAGUGUUUGUAAAGCUUUAUUAGAAAAACAUAAAAUAUUAUAUUCCUUCUUAUUAUGCUGUAAGAUCUUAUUAGAAGAUCGACAAACAACAGAAGAAGAAAUUAAAUACUUUAUAUCAUCAAACUUGAAUCAUAUAACUACUGAUUAUGUAAUUGAUUGGUUACCAUCUGAUAUUUGGAUAAAUAUUUGUCAUCUUAGUAAAACAUUGUCUGUUUUUAAUGGUCUCACAGAUAAUAUCUAUAAUAAUGAUAAGGCUUGGAAGCAGUACUACAUAUCUGAACCAUUACAAAACCACUUAUUACCAGAACCUUGGAUCAAAACAUUAUCUUUGUUCCAAAAACUUAUACUCAUAAAAAUUUUACGACCUGAUAAGAUUAUAAUACAAAUUAUGCAAAUAACAAAAGAUAUUUUAGGAAGUAUAAAUAGUUACUCUCUGCAAGUUAAAAUAUCUGAAUCAUAUGCAGAAUCCAAUUGUUUGACUCCACUUUUAUUUAUUUUACCAACUUGUUCAGCACCAUUACCACUCAUUUCUGCAUAUGCAAGGAAAAGAGGCAACUUUUCAAAAUUUACAUCUUUAUCAAUGAGCAAGGGACAAGAAGAAAAAGCUGAACUUUCUGUACAAAAAGCUCAAAAGGAAGGAGGUUGGGUGUUCUUAGAAAAUUGCCAUUUAGUGCCUAACUGGAUGGUAUGUCUUGAAAAAAUUUGUGAAAAUUGUAGUAUUUCCACUGUAUCUUUAGAUUUUCGAUUGUGGCUAUCUAGUCGUCCUACUAAAGAAUUCCCAGUUAGUAUUUUACAAGAUAGUAUAAAAAUAACAUAUGACUAUCCUUUAAAUGUUAAGGAAACAUUACUGAACAUCUACCAUUCUGAACCUAUAGUAAAUAAAGAAUUUUUUGAAAGUUGCCCAGGGAAAGAUGUAGUAUUUUCAAAACUUCUUUUUAGUUUAUGCCUAUUCCAUAUUAUUAUAAAAGAAAGAAAGAACUUUGGGAUUCUAGGUUGGAACAUACCAUAUAACUUUGAUAGUACAGACCUACAAAUAUCUAUUAUGCAACUUCAAAAUUUAAUAAAUAAUAAUGAUUAUGUACCUUUCAGUAUUCUUUUGUACUUCAUUGGGGAAUGCAAUUAUGGGGGAAAAAUUGAAAAUGAUUUUGAUAGCAGAUGCCUAAAGCAUCUUCUAACUAAUUACUGCAAUUCAGGCAUAAUUCAAAGUCAUCAGUAUACCUGUACAAAUGAGAUAGAAAGAUUAGUACCACAAAGAUGUGAAUAUAAUCACAUAAUUAAACAUAUUGAAAAAAUGCAAUUGGAUUUAUCACCUGAAAUUUUUGGAUCAAGUAGGAAUGGCCUUAUUAUUCAGCAGACUAUGAUGGCUAAGGAAUUUUUCUCAUCAAUUUCUUCAAUGAAUCCUCUUCUUCCUUUAUUAAAUGAACAAUCAUCUGAAGAUCAGAUAUUGAUUUUAAUUGAUGGCCUCAUCAAUAAACUCCCUAAUUUAGUUGAAAUCAAUGAAAUACAAGAGAAACAUACCUCUCUGCUAGAUGAACCCUUAGGAAGAGUCCUCUUCUGUGAAAUAGAAUUAUUAAAAUACAUUUUAGAAACUAUAACUAAUACAUUGAGCAACUUGAAAUUAGCAUUGACUGGCUAUUUAACUUUUUCCAAAACAUAUAAUAUACCUAUCCAAGAAAUUGGAUUCGACUUUCAAGUUCAAACAAAAGAAACUGACGAAGAAGACAUUAAUACAUAUUUCUUACAUGGGUUACAUUUGUGUGGUGCUCAAUGGAAUUCUGAUACAAAUAAGUUAGCUGAAAGUUUUGCAAAUGAAUUUUGGCAAGAUAUGCCACCUAUAAGACUCAAAUGUUCACAAAAUAAAAAAGAUAUAAAGGAAAUGUACGAAUGCCCUGUAUAUACAACUAUCAUUCAAGACAAUGAUAAAAACACUGAAUUGGCUUUAAAAAAUUUUAUCAUCAAUAUACCUUUGGAAACUACUGUAUCUCACAGUUAUUGGAUAGAACAUGGUACAGCUUUGUUUUGUCAUAUUCCGUAA